AAGAAAGAUGGAGAACAUUGGCGUCACCGUGUGGCCUGUUUUUCUUCAAGUGCCGAGUACCUGCAAUUAGAAAUCCUCCAGGAUUAAAUAGAAGAAGGGUGUUUGCAUAAUCAGCUGCACCUGUCUAACACAGAGGUAGGACAGUGUAAACAGCACAGGUGUGUGGUAAACAGUGACACUGACCUGCAGGUGCAGGUUCGCAGCACACAGCAGCAUCAGAGGGGGGACUGGCCCUUUAAGACGGAUAAAGACGAAGAGCUGAGCGCAUCGAUGCCGCGCUUUACCUUUCAUCAGUAAUAUACACACCGGUGCUGCAGGGAGGAUUCAACACCGCCGUGGUUUAAAAAGAUUAAUUCAUAUAAAGUGUCCUUAAACGUUUUUUUAAGGCGGGAGGAGAAAUGAGACGCCGUGCUCAGCCGGGUUGCUCUCUGGUGCGUAAUUGAUUCGAGGGGAAACUCCUGAGCUGCAGCACUAAUUUUGGCACAGUCAGAUUCCUCCCCCCUUUUUCUCAGGGAGGGGAAGGCUGCUGGUUUUGAACUUCCUACCUUUGUUGCUCUAGGACGUCCUGCGCACCAGGCAGGCAGUGCCCCCUCCCUUCGUCUUACCCCAUAGAGCUUCACCUAAAAGAUAGAUAAUAAUGGAAGAUAAACGCAAGAAGCGGAGCCCAAAGGUGUCUCUCCCCCAGCCCCCUCCUCCCCCGAUCAACCCCCGCAAACUCUCCGUCCUGCCUGCCAGCAAAAGUGCCACCUUCUCUCUCGGCCUGCCGCAGCCCCCCUCCCCCAAGAACAGAGGCAAGUACAAGAGGUCCAUAGGAGCGCCAGGACAGCCCAAAGAGGUGUUCACAGCUGUCGUAGCUCCACCAAAGACCACCAGGCCCCACAAGGAGAAGCCCAGGGCCCCCCAGCCUGCAGGGCCCAGUAAAGUAGUCCAGUCUUCCCCCCUGCAGCACUCCUUUCUUACAGAUGUCUCAGACGUGAGAGAGAUGGAGGGAGGCCUUCUCAACCUCCUCAACGACUUCCACUCAGGCAAACUACAGGCUUUUGGUAAGGUGUGCUCCUUUGAGCAGCUGGAGCAUGUGCGCGAGAUGCAGGAGAAGCUGGCGCGACUGCACUUCAGCCUCGACAGCCACGUGGAGGAGCUUUCAGAGGACCAGAGGAAGUGUGCCUCCGACCACAACCUGGAGCACCUGCUCUGUAACCUGGAGGAGCUCAGCACCUCAAUACAAAAGCUCCACUUGGCUGAGAACCAGGACUUGCCCAAGACAUCUGGUCCCUGACAAAUUGUGGCUAGGAGCACGGCGACCACACACUCAUCUUCUCCCAACAUCUACCCAGCCCAGGAUGCCAUGGCAUUGAUCCAGCUGCCUUAGUAACAGAAUGGAAAGAUCCACAAGAGGAGGAGCUAUUUUUUUCCAUUUGGUCGGUGAAGCGGAGGGAACAUUAUAGUGACUCAAAGCAGCAGAGCAUUAAAUGAACACUGAAACAAAACCAUAAACCCCUCAUUCAUGGCACAACAGUUGACGAAAUAUGCUGUGUCUAAAUUUUCAGCAUGUUCUUGGCAACUUGGCUCCAGUUACUAGUUACAUUUGGGAAACAAAUAAUUGAAUCCAGGUGUAAUCUUUGAUUCUCUAUUUGUUUUCCAUUUGUCAUCCCAAAAAGCAGCUCAUGACAGCUAAAGAAGUUGUGUGGAUUUCAUAGUAUGCCUUGUCUUUUUCAUCAUUUCAUAAGGUAUGUCUCUGUUAGCAAAGGUACAAAAAAAGCCAUAUUUAAGUAGCAAACAUAUUUGGCUCUUGUCAACGACAUUACUGUGCUAAGAACUUUUAGAAGGGAGUUUUCACUUGUGCUAUUAUUCUGAAUGCACUCCCUCUUUUUUAUAGCUUUGCUUUUACAGGUGAAUACUGGAAAACAGACUGGAUUUAAUAACAGCUGGGCGAAUUUUUGAUAUAACUGCAUUUAAAGGGAGUAUGUGAGAAGAAUUUACAUGUAAAAAUGUUUUGCCAAUGUGCAGCACAGCUACUGUAUUUGUUGACACAGAUGGGUUAAAUUAACCUGAGUUGGAGGAUUUUUGUCAGUGCUUUAUCAGGUUUGCCUGAACGCUUCAACCCUGCGACUGAAAUGCUGUAAAAUCAUCUACUGUAACAUGUAUGACACAGAGUCUGACAGGAGAAGACAUUCUCUCCUGUUACUGGGUUGGAUAGCACAUUCACAGAGUAAUGCAGCCGGCACAAAGCUCUUUACAGUACAAGUUUAAAAAAACGGCAGCUACUUUUCUAGUUAAAAGUUGAAUAGAUAAAUUAUGAUUUGCGUUGUAUUUAAUUAAAAACUUGGCAGCGAUGUACCUUGCCCAUAACAUUUAAUCCCUGUCAAAGCAAUUAUAGUGAUACAAGUGAUCAAUCUGAAACAUCAAAACAUGUCAAAGAAUUGAUGCAUUUGGUAAUUAAAAAUGUUAAAAAUGA